AUGCUAGCAGAACUAGACAAGACCGCGGACAAAACCGAGUUACAAAAUUCGAUAACCAAUUUAAACGAAAAGAUCGCUAAGCAAAAAUCAGAUGUUCAAGAUAUAAUUAACACACUUCCCAUUGACAAAGAUACGUUGAAACAACAAUUGACUGCUUUGGAUACUAAAAUCACGGACGAAUUAGAAAAAGAAGUGGGUGUGAUUAAAAACUUUCUUCAAAAUAAAUUUCGAGAUGAUAUGAAAAAUUAUAUUAAAGAACAGGAAAAUAUACGUUUGAUUGAUAAAAGGGAUCAGGAAAUUGAAACGAAAAAUGGUAAAUAUGUAGACACCUUUAAAAUGGAAGUAGAAAAUGAUAAGGAUGUCAUUGGAAUCAAAGAUUUAGAUAUGAUAUUGGAGACGGAAAAUCCACCAUCAACCAACAUUGCCAAAAUUCCACGACGCUUACACGUACACGAAAAAAUAGAAUCAACCAGUCACGAGUUUUUACGAACAACAGACUUUGAAUACGUAAAACUAUAUUUCGCUUUAGGUGAAAAAUACACUUCGAUCGAUGUUCAUAAAAGUCAACAAGAAAAAAUUUAUAGUGCAUUUAUCGUUUGCCGAAGACUCCAUCCUUGA